AAAGUGGCCCCGUGGAUUCAUCGUUCCCUUAUCAAUUCAGCAAGUUGUUUCCUGGAAACAUACCGUCAAACAUCCUCCCUCACACUCACCGUCGCUUAUUCUUGGUCGCAUUUCUCCCCGCCAACCGACCCAACUCUAGUAGCCUAUCUGGAAGCGAGAACAUGGCCGCCAUCUGGGGUAACGGCGGGCAGGCUGGCCAGUUCCCUCUGGAGCAAUGGUUCUAUGAAAUGCCCCCCGUGACUCGGUGGUGGACAGCAGCCACCGUCGCCACCUCGGUCUUGGUCCAAUGUCAUGUCCUCACCCCAUUUCAGCUGUUCUAUAGCUUUCGCGCCGUAUAUGUCAAGUCGCAGUAUUGGCGUCUGCUCACGACGUUCCUAUACUUCGGACCGCUCAAUCUCGACUUACUAUUCCAUGUGUUCUUCUUGCAGCGAUACUCGCGCCUCCUCGAAGAGUCGUCGGGGCGAUCGCCGGCCCACUUCUCGUGGCUUCUGUUCUACGCCAUGGCCUCGCUCCUCCUUCUUUCGCCGUUCCUCUCGCUGCCAUUCUUGGGCACGGCCCUCUCAUCCAGUCUGGUCUACAUUUGGAGUCGUCGCAACCCGGAGACCCGCCUGAGCUUCCUUGGAAUGCUGGUCUUCACCGCUCCGUAUCUCCCCUGGGUCUUGAUGGCCUUCAGCCUAGUCGUCCACGGGAUUGUGCCCAAGGACGAAAUUUGCGGCGUCGUCGUGGGCCAUGUCUGGUACUUUUUCAACGACGUUUAUCCGUCCCUGCACGGUGGCCACCGUCCUUUUGAUCCCCCCAUGUGGUGGGUGCGAUUGUUUGAGACCAGACCCGGGGAAGUCCGCGGGACGGACGCUGCCAAUGUCAACGGAGACUUUGCCGCUGCCGCUGCACCUGAAGUCCGAUGAGCUAUCUGCGCAUCCUGGGUACCAUCGUCGGAUGGCGCCCAGAAACCGUCAGCGCAAUCGUUCCCGGAACAUCCACCAUCAUUUGCGGAUUAUCUGUUCAAAAGGUCGACGCGCGCGGAUGAAUGAGACUUAAUACUGUCAGGAUAUAGGCAAGGAUUACAGCGGCAUUUCUGGAUUAUUUGGUUCGGGUGGCUGGUCUGGGACGUCAUUUGACCCCACGUUGCAAUAGCUGUUUGCGCUACGGCCUCCUUUGGGAGGACUAGAAAUGAUCGCACGGGCUGUCAGUCUCGAGUAGUAACCUUUGAGAAACAGCACAACUUAUCUCGCCAAUCCCUUGAGGAGGUGGCAUUGGUGUGGGGGUGAUAUUCGAGGAAGGGGAUGAUAUCUCAAGUCCUAGCGGGUGCGCGGUUGGAUGUACACACGUUAU